AUGCAACAAGAAGAGAAAGAGUUUAAAGGUUGCAGAGAGAGGGAAAAGUUCGAGGGUCAUUUAUUCAACCCACUUAGUGAAAAACAGCGAGUUGUUGCACGAGCAGGGUUGAGAUACGAGGAGUAAAAAAAAAAGACGCGGUAGAAGGAGGAGGGAUGGAAGAAAGGAGAGACAUAAAAGGGGGAAAGAGAAAGGGAAGUGCUCAUUCAGCACAUAUUGCCUUGACUGACUCAUUCAGGAAAAAGAGAGACAUCUGGAAAACGGUUGCAGCUGCAUCCCAAAGAGUGGGAAGCGUAUGAGAGUGUGUCAAGUGUGUGAGAGUGUGAGUGAAGUGUGUGUGAGAGAAAGUGUGUGAGAUGGAGGGAAACAGCGGAGAGCACAAGCAGACAGAAGGACCGGAGACGCUCAUGGAGGAAGAAAGAGUGACAAUCACGAAUACCUGGGCAAAGGUGUAUGAGAAUAAAGAGGCAGCAGGAGUCGCAGUGCUCAUCAGACUCUUUACAAGUUUCCCCUCAACGAAGCAGUACUUCAGCGAGUUUCGCCACAUGGAGGAUACACAGGAAAUGCAGUCGAGCGCGCAACUGCAGAAACACGCCGUGCUGGUGAUGAAGGCGCUCAAUGCGCUGGUGGAGAGCGUCGACGAUGGAGAGAAGACAGCGUCUGUGGUGGAGAAGGUGGCCAAAUCACACGCUCGCAAACACAAAGUGGAGCCGGUGAACUUUAAAAUCCUGGCUGGAGUCAUUCUAGAAGUGCUGGUGGAGGUUUUCCCAGAAUCCUUCGGUGUGGAGGCGCAGAGGGCGUGGUCGAAACUGAUGGAUGUGCUUUACUGGCAUGUCACUCGGGUCUACUCUGAGAUCGGCUGGACUUCCACAGAAUGAGAACGAGAGAGAGAGAGAGAGAGAGAGAGAGAGAGAGAGAGAGAGAGAGAGAGAGAGAGUGCGCGAGAGAGAGAGAGAGAGCGAUAGAGAGAGAGAGAGAGCGAUAGAGAGAGAGAGAGCAUCACUGCUAUACAGUAUUGUUUCGUCUGAAGAAAUCUGUCUCUGCAGGACUUAUAUUCAUCACGGAGGACAUAAAAGAGAGAACCUUUCAGUAUGACAUUACACUCGUGAGUGCUGGGAUGCUCCUGUAGCUCAGUACAGUAAAGAGAGUGAAACAACACAUUCCUGUAUCUGCAUUUACAUUUGAUUACCAAAGACCAGCGAAAGAGGGAGAGAGAGAGGGGGAGAGAGAGAGAGAGAGAGUAAGUAUAUACAGUACAUAGAACACAAGGCUAAUUUCAUUAUACAUCUUUAUAUGAAAGACAUAAACAUUAAUAGCUUUUUGGUAUUAUUAUAUAACAUCACAUUAGCAAGGCACAAGUAUUUUAACUAAAACAAGUGAACUUUUUUUUAAAAAUUAAAUAUGAUUUGAUUCUUGGAACAAAAAAUAUUAAACAAAAAUCUAGUCUUUGGAUGAGGUUGGUAUUUAAAAUGUUCAUUUCUAUGUGAACGCACGCUUCAGAAAAAGACUUUUACAGAACUAAAUCAAUAUUACAUGAACUCGUUACACUCUUACUCUCUGUUUUCACAUUCCAGUGUCUACUGUAAAAUACAGAGAAAGAAAUGGAACAGAGGUGUUUACCAUAACGUCCUGCUUUACCAUUAUAACAUCCAUUUUCUGUACCGCUUAUCCUACACAGGGUCGCGGGGAGCCUGGAGACUAUCCCACGGAACUUGGGGCAUUAGGCGUGGCAAUUAUAACAUCAAAUCUUUAAUAUAAAUAUGUGUGUGUGUGUAUAUAUAUAUAUAUAUAUAUAUAUAUAUAUAUAUAUAUAUAUAUAUAUAUAUAUAUAUAUAUAGAUAUAGAUAUAGAUAUAGAUAUAUGAGAGAGAGAGAAAAUGAAUGACUAGUAUAAUUUUUACAAUAUUUUUUUACAUUUAGAUAGAUAGAUAGAUAGGUAGAUAGAUAGAUGAGGCUAGUAUUGAAAAAUGUUCAGAAAAAUACUUUUACAGAACUGUUUGUUGGAAAAAUCCUUUCUUUAUCUUUUAAUCAUGAAAAUGCCAUGUGCUGUUAAAAAAUCCGGCCUUUUAAUGUAUUGUUUUUUUUAAAAAAAUUAACAUAGAUCCAACAAUGAUCAGUUUGGGAAAUUCGUCUAAUUAGGGACACGAAAAGUUUACGAAUGCAGAUCAUUUGGAAACUGGGAUUUUUUGGUUCUGAACAAAAAAAAGAAAAGAAAAGGAAAAAACAGUGUAUUUUAAUGUUUUUACUGUAGUUAAUGUGGUUUCUGAUGUGUACACCAUAAUGACAGAAAAACUGAUAUAUAGCUUUUGAGGGAUUUUUUAAUAAGAAGUGACUGUAAAGUAAACAGAACUUAAAGUCUUCUUUAUAGUUGUAAUGUUUAAUGUUUUAAAGAAAUGUUUUUGUUGAGUUUAAAAAAAAAGUGAAGACACCAGAUUAUAUUUAAUAUGAUCAUACUCAUCAUUUCCACCUGGCUUCAAGUGAAAAAUAUAAAUCACCAGUACAUAAUAUUAACCUCCAAAAGAAUAGUUCACAUCAAUAUGAGAUUAUACCUCUCAGUGCUGUAACACCUGUUCAGUACUGCCAUCUAACCUCCACAGUGACGAAAUGCUUGAAUUUUCAGGGUUUUUUGUAUACAGUACUAUUUCAGUUUUUAUAUAAUUGUAAAUACAAUGUAAUUGGGAUUUUUGUGAUUAUGAUCCCAAUGGAUGUAUUUUUAUACUAUCUGUUUUGAAUGUAUUGGUAAAAAGGAGUGUGUCAUUUAAUCAAUUAUCUGGAAAGACAGUGAAUUAAUCAGCUGCACAAGAAGAAACAUGACUGUAAUUCCAUUAACAUUGCCAGUUUUAUAUAGAGCACAACAUACCCACUGCUGUGUUCCUGUUCAUUAUCAUUAUUAAAGUGUCAUUAUUAUUA